AUGGAUCCUGACUUUGAGAUUUUUGCGUCUUCAUCAUCAUCUGAGGAGGAGGAGGAGAUAAUUUUAGCUCUUUCUAUUGAAAAAGAAUGCUUGGGUAAUGAAAGAUGUUCAACAUCGCAUCGUAGCUCUAUUCCCCAUCGUGCAUUCAUUCGAAGAAAUUUGCUUGAAGGCCAUCAACGCCUCUUUCAAGAUUAUUUUUUUGAGUCCCCGUUGUAUCCACUGAAUUUAUUCCGCAUGAGGUUCCGAAUGCAACAUCAUAUUUUCUUGCAUAUUCAAUCUGAAGUCAAAGCAUAUGAACCAUAUUUCAUCCAAAGAAGAGAUGCUGCUAAAAGAUUGGAUCAUUCCUCGCUUCAUAAAAUAACUGUUGUGAUGAGAAUAUUAGCUUAUGGAGUCUCUGAAGAUUUUUUAGAAGAAGGAUUGCAGAAGCAAUCGAGUGUUUGA